GUCACCGUGCACAUUCGAUCGGUCAGUUUAGCUUGAACCACGGAAACGAGAUGUGGUGGAAAUUUAUAGCAACGGGUUUGCUGGUAAUAGCCGCGCGGAUAGCGGCUCAAGAUCCUGGCCAAGUUGAGUUCGACUGCAGUUCAGUGCUGACGUAUGCCUUCUUCUCGUUGGAGGCGAAUUGUAGUCGUUUUGUGUUCUGUAAUAAUACAGAGGCGAAGCAUUUUGAAUGUGGCGGUGACGAGAUUUGGUCCCAAGCUAACGGGGCUUGCGUACUCGGUGAUCAAGAAACGUGUGAAGAAUGGACUCUUAAAAAUGCCUGCGGAAACAAUACAGACGAUAGGUUAGUUUCGUAUCCCAGAGAUUGUGGCAAAUACAUCCAGUGUGGUGAAGAUGAAGUCAAAGUGCUGGAAUGUGAACCAGGAAUGAUUUUCAGUGAGUUACGCUCUCAGUGCUUCGUUGGAAGUUUGAAGGAGUGCGAGUUGCUGGAAAAUGUGUGCGAUGGUAGAGAAAAUGACUAUGUGACACAUCCUGAACGGUGUGAUGUUGCAAUUAUGUGUGACAAGGAAGAGAUAACUACUGAACUUUGUUCUGAGGGUGAUAUAUUUUCGGAAGAAUUCCAGAUUUGCGUUCCAGGUAAUUCCAAAACCUGUCAACCUUUGCCACUUGAAGAGAUGUGCGUUAACAGAACGGACCAAGUUCUGCUGCAUCCGGAUCGAUGUCAGUCGUACGUGCAAUGCCAAAACGGAGUGUCAAUUGAGAAAGAUUGCUCUCGUGGGACGAUUUUCCAUCCGAGAAACAUGUCAUGUGUAGUGGGCAAAGUUGGGGACGGAAAUUCAUGUGAACUGCUCGAUGAAAUAUGUACAAACUCCAUUGUCGGCGAACUUCGGGAACAUUCGGAUGAGUUUUGUGACAUAUUUGUAGAAUGUUUAGAAGAUGAGAUACCUCGGAUUAAUUUUUGUGGGACUGGAAGAAUUUGGAGUCAACGAUGGCUUUUGUGUAUUCCUGGAAACACUAUCGGCUGUGUGCCUUCAUCGUUGGAAACUAUUUGUGACAAUCAACAAUUUGGAGCGAUAUUUCCACACCCAGAGGAUUGUUCAAUGAUCGUGAGUUGCAAUCUUACACACGCCAAUGAAAUAGCAUGUCCGGAAAAUCACAUUGUUCAACCUGGCACACUAGGCUGCAUCCUAGGUGACCCAAAUACUUGUAAAUCGCUUGAUGAAAUGUGUGCGAACCAGAUGGAUCUCUCCAUAAGCUUCCCUGAAGAUUGCGAACGAUUCGUACGCUGUCGCAACGAGAAUCCAAGCUUGGAGCAUUGUGCACCAGGAGAAAUUUUUAUUGAAACGCUACAAAAAUGUACUCCGGGUAACACGGAAUCGUGCCUGCCUCUGACCUGUGAAACAGGCUUCACCCGACACCCCAACUACUGCAAUUUGUAUUUCGACUGUCAAGCAGGGCAAGUUAAUGUCAAUAUGUGUCCAUAUCAGCUGAUUUGGCAUGAACACUUGUGGCGCUGUACUCCUGGUUCUGAUUGCGUUUAUGAUCCCUUGGACACUAUGUGCAUAGGUCGAUUCAAUGGCGACGUUUUUCCUUAUCCGACCAACGACAACAGUUGUGAUACUUUCGUGACAUGUGCAAACGGUGAGGCAUGGAAAGAAACAUGUCCAUCAGGAAUGAUUCUUCGGCAGCAAAUUCUAGAUUGCGUUCCAGGAGAUGAUCAGACAUGCAGAGAUUUUGAUAUGAGUUGCACAAGGGAAAGCGAAUGGGUUGAGAUUCAUCCGACCAGGUGCAAUAUUCGGAUAAUUUGUAUGUUGGGAGAACUCUCCACGAGAGAGUGUCCAGUAGGACAAAUCGUUGACGAAGAAUUGUUGAUUUGCGUGCCGGGAACCUGCCCCGAAACGAAUCCCAUUGACACAAUUUGUUCCGGCCGUCCAGACGGAGAAUUGGUACCAGAUCUCGAUCAGGCCAACUGCGUAAAUUAUUAUGAAUGCCUUAAUGGGUUGCCCAUUGCUAACAGUUGCCCAGAGGGACGUAUUUUUCAAAGAUUAGAGAAAAUAUGUGCACCGGGUAUUGCUUCUAGAUGUGAAGAUCUUCGCGAUUUCUGUCGGGGAAGACCAAACGGAGCUGCAUCGUUUCCUGAGGAUGGAAAGUGUAACAUAUAUCUUGCAUGCAACGGAGAUACGACUGAUGUGAGGGAUUGUCCUGCCGAAGAAAUAUUCAUAGACGGCAACACAGGUGUUUGUGUUCCAGGCUUUAUUCCGGAGUGUACUCGUCUUCCCCUGGAAACCAUGUGUCAAGGCAGAGCAGAUCAACUGGAAUAUCCGCAUCCGGAUGAUUGCUCAUCAUAUGUCACUUGCCUAAAUAAUCAAGCUUCAGUAGACACAUGCGAGAGGGGCAAUAUUUACAGCGGUAUCAAUAGUCAGUGCCUUGCUGGAGAUUCUUGUGUGCUGUUCAACGGUUGUGCAGGUCAAGCGAAUGGAAUAAUUUUACUGCACCCAACAUCAUCAUUAUGUGAUCUCUACGUAGAAUGUGUGAAUGGUCUACCAGAAACUAAAGAAUGUCCACAAGGGCAAAUCAUCACCAGUGAAACGGGCAACGUAUGCGUUCCAGGAGAUAGCAGUACAUGCUCUGUGACACUUAUAGGUCGGUGAAAUAUUCCUGGAAUCGAAGAAGUGGACAAAUGUAUAACCACAUCAUUGCUAUCUUAACUAUUUCUACGUGGAAUGCUCGAAAGUGGCAGCUCACUGUGGGCUCUUUUGCAACGAAUGAAUUUUUAGAUGUUUACAGCAACAAGUGUAUGUAGUAUGAGGCAAACGAAUAUGUUAGGUUUAAUAUAUCUGGGACAAGGAUUCUA